AUGGGAGAGAAAGAGGAAGUGAAAUUGUAGGGAACAUGGUACAGUCCGGUCGUGUUAAGAGCAAAGAUAGCUCUUCGUCUCAAAUCGGUCGAGUAUGAUUACGUUGAAGAAGAGUUGUUCGGAUCCAAGAGUGAACUUCUUCUCAAAUCGAACCCGGUUUACAAGAAAGUCCCGGUGCUGAUCCACAACAACAAACCGGUUUGUGAGUCUCUUAACAUCGUUGAGUACAUCGAUGAGACGUGGAACUCAACUGGACCAUCCAUUCUUCCUUCUCAUCCUCAUGAUCGUGCUCUUGCUCGCUUCUGGUCUGCCUUUGUUGAUGACAAGUGGUUUCCGGCUUUGAUGGCUGCUAUGGUCGCUAAGUCGGAAGAGGCAAAAGCGAAAGGCAUGGAAGAUGUGGAAGAAGGGUUGUUGCAACUCGAGGAUGCGUUUAUUACUCUCAGCAAUGGGAAAUCUUUUUUCAGCGGUGAAGCAAUCGGGUUCGUAGAUAUUUGCCUCGGAAGCUUUCUAGUUUUCUUAAAAGCUAGAGAGAAGCUUACAAAAGAAAAGAUUAUAGAUGAAUCAAAAAUUCCUUCUCUUUAUAGAUGGGCCAAUCGGUUUCUGUCAGAUGAAAAGGUGAAGAAAGUGUUACCGGAGAUCGAUAAAGUCGCCAAGCUUAUAAGAGAAUUUGAGGAUAGAGCUCAAUCCGUGAGUUCUACAUCUUGAGAUUAUCGUAGAAAUGUAUUUGCAUGCAAUGCAAAGUGUGUAAACUUAAGAAGAAAAUAAGUGAAAUUAACUUCAAGUUUUUGUGAGACAUUACUUUCUCUUUCUGUAUUUUAGCAUUUAUA